CAGCUGACUCUCUGUUUAUCCUCUCAUGGCUACUGUCGAGUCCCUGCGUCGCGUCACCUUUAAUUAUUGACUGGCGUGCGGUAUAUGUGUGUUUAUUUUUUAUUUGUUUUGUAAGACCGCAACAAUGAAGCCCACACUCUUGGUGAAUAUCGUUUUGCUUUCAUGCCUGACGCUGUUGAGCCAUGUCACAGCGAAGAAUUCAGAGGACAACCGCUGUAAAUGCAUCUGCCCUCCAUACAAGGACAUCGAAGGACAAAUAUACAAACAAAACGUGUCACUUAAAGACUGCAACUGUCUCCAUGUUGUUGAACCAAUGCCAGUGGAAGGGAAAGAUGUAGAGGCAUAUUGUUUGCGCUGUGAGUGCAAAUAUGAAGAGAGAAGUUCUGGAACUAUUAAGUUUACAAUCAUAAUGUACCUCUCCAUUUUGGGGCUGCUGCUUCUCUACAUGGUCUACCUGACCCUGCUGGAGCCCAUAUUGAAAAGACGGCUGUUUGGACACUCGCAGCUCAUCCAGAAUGAGGACGAUGGCGGGGACCAGCAGCCGUUUGCAAACGCUCAUAACGUCCUGUCUCGGUCGCACUCACGGCCCAACAUGCUCAACAAAGUGGAACAUGCUCAGCAGCGCUGGAGGAGGCAGGUCCAGGAGCAGAGGAAGUCUGUGUUCGACCGCCAUGUUGUCCUCAGCUAGAGCUUCAUGCAGUAGAAACACACACGCCACUGUGAUCCUCGCCCAAUAUCUGUCUCUGUUACUUGUUUAUGAUUUGUGGCUUGUAUUCUUUUCAAUGAUCAAAACUGAACUCAAGUCCAACUACAGCACACUAUUACUGUGAGUACAUUUUGCACAAGUUGGGUGCUGAGAAGGAGAACUCUCUGUCAGCUAAAUCGUUCGCAGGUGUGCCAAGUUAUGCGACUUUUUUUUUUUUCCAGGAAAAUGAAGGUAGGGACCAAUAAAUGUUUCAAAAAUAUUUUCAGAUGUUAUGUUGAUCAUGGCUGUUUUCAGUGUAGUGGUUUUCGUGGACAGUGACUUUAACACGACACCAUAAUCUUCCAUCGGUUUUGUCCGCUGCAUGGUGACUGGAAGAGCUUGUGUGUAACAUACUUUUGAAGUUCACCUUCUAAGGUCAAGUCUGUGUUUGCUAACCAAUCAGUUCCCUCCGAGAUCAAUGUAGUAGUAGAUGAAAGUUACUGUUACAAAUCUUGAUCAUGAAA